GCCGUCCACUUGGCCGCAGAAACGCGGAAAGCGGAAUUUGCCGUCGAGAAUUUUGUCCCACUUUGUCGCUGCAGCGAGUCCCAGUCCGGCCGACCACUACCGUCCAGCCCGUCCGUCGUUCGUCGCCUCCCCCGAUCCGAGCUCCGUCCAGUCUUUCUGUUUAGAGAGAGAGAGAGAGAGAGGCCCCGAUUGCCAAUGCCAUCCACACCGGCACCAUGAGUCUCAAUGUGCCGUCCAGGCGGCUCCUGAAGAGCGCCCCCUCCUCCGCCAACGCCCUCGUCCCGGCCCUCCAGUCCCUCUCCAUCAACACCCGAUCCAUCCACACCACCCCCUCCCAACAAUGGAGUCUCUUCGGCUGGGGCAAGCAAAAGGUGGAAGAGCGUAACAAGGUCAAGGAGGAGCUCAAGCAGAGCGAGCUCGCCCGCACCCGGAAGCCCACGCAGGAAGAGAUCUUUGAGCGCGUCCGCGGCCGUCUCGAAGGCGACUCCAUCUUCGCCGACACCACCCCUUCAUCCCAACUGGCCGCCGAGCAGGACAAGCACAAGGACUGGGCGACCGCCAGCGCCGAGAAGAAGCUGGCCGCCGCGCACGCCAAGGACCAGACGCCGACGGGCAUCUCGCUGAAGAAGGACCACCUGGUGCGCGUCGUCGACCCGGACCCGCGCUCGCGCGUGCGGUGGGAGCGCAAGAUGGUGAUCCGCAAGCUGCAGCGCGGCACGGACCCGUGGAGCGUCGAGCCCAAGGCGGAGCGCAUCGCCCGCACCGAGCGCAAGCUGGUGUACAAGACGGGCUACUUGCCCACCUCGGUCAAGAAGCUGGUGCACCUGUCGCGCCAGAUCCGCGGCAAGACGGUGUCGGAGGCCCUGGUGCAGAUGCAGUUCAGCAAGAAGAAGAUGGCCAAGGAGGUCAAGACGGAGCUGCUUAGGGCCGAGGCCAAAGCCAUUGUCACGCGCGGUAUGGGCUUGGGCAAGGCCGCCGCCGCCGCCGCUCAGAAGGAGACUGGCGCGGAGCCCGUCAAGAUCCAGACCAAGGACGGCAAGCACCUGGAGAUCCGCGACCCGACGCGCAUCUACGUUGCCGAGACCUUUGUCAACAAGGGUUUCACCAGAGGUGUUGAGCUCGAUUAUCGUGCCAGAGGCAGGGUGUUUAAGAUGAACAAGCCCACUACUACCAUGACCGUCGUCCUCAAGGAAGAAAAGACGCGCAUCCGCGAACACCAAGAACGCGUCGCCAAGAAGCUCCGCCAGGGUCCCUGGGUUCACCUUCCCGACCGUCCCGUUACUUCCCAGCGCCAGUUCUACUCUUGGUAAAAAGCCUCGCUGCAGUGGCUCCGUCCAGUCCCCGUCCCAUCCCGUCGUCAGGUCCGGUGCCGUCCCAUCUAAGUGUACACACACCCCACUCCCGCCUCACAGCCCGGGACUGAGUACCUUAUGUAUGUGCCGGUGGUAGCGGCUGCUGCUGCUGCUGCUGCCUUGUGGCAGUUGCAGUGCAGUGCAAUGCAAUGGGUAGCAGAGGAACAAGAAAUCCAUGGAUCGAUUAUAGACAGCACUUCUCCUUCCUUUCCACUCACUCUCGCUAAAUGCAGUGGCCCAUGUCCCCCAUGUUCAGGCAAAGAACGAAGAGGGCGCAGAUGAUGGGAUGGAAGGGAUAUUCGUUGCCACAUGAUGACAGUGAUGGGAAGAAGCAGCGAGGUGUAGUGUGUAAAUAUGUACGAAUAACAGACAGACAGGCAGGCAAGGCUGAAGCGAAACGACGAAGAAGAAGAGAGUGGAGGCCUCCAGCGAACCCUUCUUCCGUCGUUCUUUUCGUCUACGGUUCCCUGUCAUUUUGUAAAAUAGAUUGCAAUAUACCAAAAAAGCCACUCGACUGCACCGACCCAUGGGUCAUGACGGAACCUGGUACAUUUACCCGAUGACUACCUAGGUAGACUACGCAAGCCACUCUCACGCCCUACCACGAACUCGACAUUGGAGACUGUCCUUGGUGUCUCGACUGUGACUGCCAGUGGCGCAGAUAUAUGUACUGGUUCUUGGUUUUACUCAGUCACUUGACCCAUGUCGAAAAUAGCUUGCUUGCGACCAACUGCAAAAUGUCCCUCAAGUUAUCAGAACAAUCAUGUUCAUUGCAGCGAGUCCGCCAAAUAUAUACAGAGAAAUCUCAAGCUAGAACCCAAGCAACAUGUCCAUCGAUGUGUCGACACCCGUCUACAAAUCGCC